AUGGGAUGGUACAAUGGCGCCAAUGAAUUGUUACAGGAAGAACGCAGUGUACGUUUUGGUGAAAACGUGCUGGUUACAAGCAUCACUUUCGCAUUGUUUUGGGCCAACUUUGGUCUCUCGUGGUAUCUCUCCAGUCGAUUCGUGCGGGAAUUCUUGAGCUUUACAUCCGCUCAAAAGGCAGACUGGUGUUCGAGAGUGAACUCGACUAUUCACGCAAUACUGGUCGUGAUUGGCGUGGCUUAUGCAUUGGCAGAUAUAUCAUGGGCUCAUGGGUUCAUGCCCAUGUCGUCAAUUCGUGCAGCAAGCUUUAUCUUUUCGAUUGCAAUUGGUUACUUUCUAUGUGACUUAAUCAUCAUCAUUAUCUGGCCAGUGCCAAUGAAAUGGGUCUUCAUUAUCCACCACAUUGUCGCAGUAGUACCAUACUUUAUCAACAACUUUAUUUCGUGCUGUGCUGCGUGCCAGUUUGGUCUCUUGCUCUUUUUACUAGUUGAGCUAGCGACAUUACCACUCAAUGCACGUGGUUUCUUGGAUGCCAGGAACCGUCAGGACUCGAAGAAUUACAUGCGUUCCAUUUACAUCACGUACAUUGUCUGGGGAAUUUCUCGCAUGGUAUUGCCAACGUUUCUUAUAUACGCCUUAUGGGCGUAUGCGUACCCGUCGGACCGUAACCAUGACACGUGUUUCUUCCCCAAUCUCGUGAGUGCGCACAUCAUUGCGCUCUUUUGCAUUGGCGUCUUUUUCUUCGUGCACACGCCCGAGAUGAUCCAGAUCAAACGUGAAUAUCAUCGUGCCAAUGGCGAAACAGAUGUGUCUAGUGAGGUUGCUGUCAAUACGGACGACGCUGAUUUGGAAGUAUCCGACGUCCCUAGUGUCCCUAGUUCCAAGGCCUGCAAGUCCAGCAGCAGUCGAAGUCUCACCCUGUCACUUUCUAGACCACAGGAUUCGAUCGCAGACGAUUCGUAUGAUGAUAUUGAACUCGGUGUCAUGCCUCGGAGUGUACGAACUCCAGCACUUUUAGAGGAAGAGCAGUGA